UCGAGUUCGCUCGAACAAUAUUGUCAUCGUCACUGAACUAAUUUAUUUUACUCCAGUAGUAAUUCAAAGGUGGCUUAAAUCUUUAAGAACUCGCUCCUAAAGACGCCAAAACGAUUUCAUUUUACGUCUAAUUCAAAAACCUAACGUGAGGCAAUAUUUUCGAGUCAGGAUGAAGAUUUGUUGGAUUUUGGUGGUCGUUUUUGCUACUUGUUACUUUGAAGAAUGUAACGCCGCUGAUCCAAGUGUCUACGUCGAAAUAAAAUUUUCCUUCCCUUGGACCGAGAUGUGCAACUUGGGAGACUACCUUAAAGAAAAUAUAGCCAAGCAAAUCGUAAUGGAGGACAAUACUGGAGCCACUUUACCGGCAAAUAAAGUUGUCUUGCACAACUUUAAUAAGCACUGCCCCAAAGGGGACUACGAAAAAGCAGAUGUUUAUAUAUUUGCGAGCAAAGUUGCCAACAGCUUGAAUGUCUCAAAUAUAGACGAGGAUAUGACCAAGAAGAUCUAUAAAGUGGUGAAUUAUUUGUAUGAGCAAAGUCUGGAACGAUACCUGGGGUCGCUACUCGUUGGAAAA